CAUUUUUCUCUCUCAGAGUCUUUCGGUCGUCGAGUUUUUAGUCGGUCUGCGCGUUCGCUUUUACUGACUGCAAAGCUUUCGAAGGUAAAAUGUGUUGCGUAAUUGCAAAUCUUUUUAAAAAGAAAUUUUCAGCCGAUCUGUGGGUUAUUUAUAAAUGUGAAUCACCCCAUUUUUCCUAUUCUACAUUAAACACUCAGAGUUCUUCAUAAACAAUUCGUUUUUGAAGCGAUCAUACAUUUUUGGGUAACUAUACCUUGGUGUACGAUAAAGGGAAAAAACGGUGGAGAUUGUGCAGGCAUGUGAAGACUUGAGAAAAGCUGAAAAUGUUCAAAGGUGAUUUGAUAUCAAAUUCUACCAUGUCGAUAUGUUUUUGCAUGAAUCCCAAGUGUAUACAAUAAAAUUUGUAGAUAUAAAAAUCUUAUGAGAAAACAUUUUCUUAUUUUCAUUAGAAAAAUCUUAUUAUUAAAUUGCAUGUAAACCUAUGUAAGCUUACAAUCAAUGCCAUCUUCAUGUGCGAGUUAGAAUCACAGUCGGCAUACGCUACACUAGAAAGCACCAAUACUUACAUAGCUUGCUUUACAAGAAUUUCUUUGUUCUUAUUAGACUCGGAGCAUAAGCUUUAUGAAUGAAUAAAAAGGUGAGCGAUAACAUUAUGAACGAUACUCAGAGAAUAUUCCAAUAUUUUCCGUUGUCAUUGAUAAACCCCCUGAUUGUCAAAAUGUAUUUUUGUUUUGUCGGUAAAUUAUAGUGCUAAGUAAUUUUCAUUGUUUUGAUUUGUGGCUCAAUCGGCAUAGAAAUAUACAUUAUAAAAUGCAGUAAUCGGAAUUAGUUUGCGAUUCGAGUGGUAAUCAACUGUGCUCAACCGUACACAAUCGACCGGAUGACCUCGUCACCGCCGAAAGAAUGCACCAUCUGUCGCAAGCCCCUGAAGAGCCGCUCCAGUCGGCACUACCACGAGCACUGCCAGAACCCGGAGCUAAAACCGUUCAAGUGUGACCACUGCGAUCGCACCUUCAGUACCAAAGCGCACAAGACAUUCCACGAAGAGACCCACUCGAACCGACGGCUACAGUGCACCCAAUGCGACAAGACCUACCAACACCAACGCGAUCUUGAUCUUCAUAAUCGUGAGCACAGGGCACCGAAGUCGCUGCAAGCCAAGUGCAACAGGUGCGCGGAACAAUUUGAAUCGCAGCAGGCCCUCGCACAGCACAAGCGAACGCAGCAUGCCUCGACGAAGCGAUUCAAAUGUGAUCAAUGCGAUAUGACCUUCGGCCUCAAAGGCAACCUCACCAAGCAUGCCAAGAUUAUACACUCGAAAGAGAAGCUGUUCAAAUGCGACCAAUGCGGAAAGGCGUUCUAUCGCAAUAAUGCCCUGAAGUUCCACAUGCUCAACCAUCGAUCAAGGGACUUUCAGUGCAAAACGUGCCAAAAGGAGUUUGUAGACGCGCGAAAUCUGGAACGGCAUCUGAAAACGCAUGCUACUGAUAAGGAGUUCAGAUGCGACAUUUGUGGAAUAUCUAGCUCUCGAAAGGACAAUAUCCUAAGGCAUGCCAAGAGUUUCCAUCCAGAGUGCGAUGUAAGCAAGGUUGUACUGAAAAGUGAAAUCACGGAUCAGUUGGAUGCAAUCAAGAAAGAUGCAAAGCAAAGCAAUAAAUCGACACCAAUAAAGACUGACGCCGCACCUCCGGCGGAACCACCAAUCUCCAAUCGAAUCAGCGUAAUCAAGGUCGUGGGCAAACCGAAACCUCUACAUAGACCUGAACCGACCGAAUCGGUCCCAGCUGAUGGUCCUCCCAAGACUGAAAUUCAACCCAAACCACCGGCACCGAAAAUGAAUCCCUUAGAAAUCUAUCGCAAAAUCCUGAAGCCAAGUAACGAUGACGACGACAACCAGGAAGAGGGCAAUCGCGUCGACAACAAUAAACUACCCUCUUCGAAUGCGCAGGUGAAAACAACAAACAGCUCGUCGACGCAGGCGUCAGCGGACAAUACAUCCAUCGCCAACAGUGGCGGUAGUAAUAAUUCUUCUAUAAAUAAUUUCACUGAAGUUCAUUGGCGAAAGCGCACCUCGCAGAUCUACGCUACCAAUUCGAAUCGGUGAGAGCGUGCGCGCGCGUGUCCAUCCGCGUGAAAAUUUCUGCCAGACGGCUGCAGCUAGCUUUGGGGUGUUCACCACUUAUCUUCCCUUCAUCGGCAUAAUGGAAAACGUUGGACGGGGCGAGCAAGUAGAGCAUGAAAUUAGCGAGUGCAUCGCCGCAGGGGAUUGGAAGAAAGUGAUCGACCUAGGACAGGCGUUGCCGUUCAACCAACGGGUGAAAUACCUAUGGCUGUGGCCACUGCAGAAGGA